CGCGUGUCUUCGGUUUUGGUUUUAGUUCUGUGGCAGUCGCUGCCGACGACGACGAUCUUCUCGAACGCGUUCGUUGCUCGUCGGCUUCGUUCAUCUUCGAUAGAUACACUACGACCGCGAGUUGCAUACGUUUUCAUUUUAUUUUUACGGUUUCUGUGUAGUUUCAUUGCUUCUUCUUUCCUCGACGAUUUUCGAAAGAUUCCGAAGCACCUUCCGAGGUGGCGUGGGCGGGAAUUUGACGACCAGGUACAACCAAGGCGGAAUAUCGUUAGAUUAGGAACCAGAGAUUCGUUUGAAAAAUCUAAUUAAUCCGACUCGGAAAAUAGAAGAAGGAUCUAGAGACGUGAACGUUGAAAUUGUUGCCAGGAAAUUCUGACAAGGCGAAAGAAAUUGAAGGAGAGAACGACGGACUGUGUUGAAAAGGAAGAAAGAAGGAUCCGAGUGUCGCUUAGAUGCGAAGAAGAAACGUCGGCUCCUUUCGUCAAUCGAAAGAUUUUGCUCCGACACGACGUGGUUUGACGAAAAAGGAACUAAAAAGGCGUCUAACGUCGAUCAGAAGAAUGAAAAAGGAACAGGAGUAGAGGAACGCAUGCAAAUGUCGAAAGGAAGUCCAUAGAAAAGGAACCCUGCGUAACGAAUCGCAUUGCUAAAGGUUCCUGCACCGACGUUCUUGGAAAGUACAGUACUAUCACCAUUGAAAGUUGCAAGAGACGUCGAGUGGAGGCGAUCUCGCUUGCAAGAUAUAUCAACGGAAAUAAUAAUUAAAAAUCAGAGAUCGGAGUAAUUAAGUUGCAAAGAUUGAUAAGUUUUGCUUUUUUUCCACGAAAAAGGAAAAUUAGCGAGAAUGCGUUCCGCGUUAUAUCUUCACGAUGAAGAACCGAAGAGUCGAACAAUGUGGUCGAUGAAUCGCGAGUCGAAAUAUCACCACGAAGAUCGUCGCUGAUCGAUCUUGGCAUAAAAGACGUUCUUGAAAGAACGUAGAUCGUGAACGAUCGAAUGUCCCUGAGGCGAGAAGCAGACGUGGCGGUGGUUCGCGCGUCAACUCGAACACCUGAUUCACGCCUGCCGGUUCGAGAUGCGGUGCACGUCGGGGCACGUGUUUCUGACAAGUUUGAUACUACUGAUAUUACCUCGAGCACGUCGAGCAGAUGCAGCUACCGUGGAUUCGGUUGAAUUUCAAAACAAAGGUUCUACGACUUACGCUCUUACAGCACCACUCAGGCUAGUGUGGGCCAGCGAGGGUGAGGACGUCGAACUGCCAUGCGACGUCACUCCGCCAACCCCAACAGACUCCGUGAACAUGGUGCUCUGGUUUAAAGAUUCUGCCGGGAUACCGUUGUACAGUUUGGAUGCCAGAAGCGGAGAUUUACAGUCAGCGAUUCACUGGGCGGUCAGCGACGAUCUCGGCAAAAGGACAUACUUUCAGAUCGGCGAUGGUCAUCGAGCUAAGUUAAAAGUUACCAAAGUCACCUACAAGGACCAAGGAAUCUUUAGGUGCAGAGUGGAUUUCAUCAAUUCGCCGACCAGAAAUUUUCGUGUGAAUCUCACGCUUGUCGAGGAGCCGUCAAAACCUGUGAUAUACGACGCGCAGGGACGAGAAGUAACGGGAGUGGGCGGGCCAUUUUUGGAAGGCUACAAUCUCGCUUUGACGUGUCAGGUGGCUGGAGGAAGACCAAAGCCCAUGGUAACGUGGUGGAAGGACGGCAAAUUACUGGACGGUGUCGUCGAUACGAUGUCCAUCGAAUCGCCCAGCAAAUUCACGGUGAACCACCUGUUCAUCGAUAAAGUGACGCGUUCGUUAUGGGGCACGAAGUUGGAGUGCAGAGCUCAAUCACCGCCUAUGGCAUCCCCGAUCGUUCGCGAAGUACCUCUAGACAUUUAUCUGAAACCGGCGGUGGUGAAGAUCAUUUUGAGCGACGAUCAGAUUUACGCUGGCAGACCGAUCGCGGCCCGUUGCGAAACUUGGGGAAGCUCUCCGGCGGCCAGGAUCGUUUGGAGGCUAGCUGGACAGGUGAUCGGCGAACCGAACGUGUCCACUACCCAGAGAAGCAAUUCCACGGUCAGCAAGCUGGCUCUGGCUUUAGGAAAGCACGACGACGGCAAGGAAUUAACGUGCAGAGCCGAGAAUCCCAGGUUUCCUGGCGGAGUACUCGAACAAACGAAAGUACUCAGCGUCGCUUACGCGCCCAUCGUAGAUGUUCACCUAGCUACCGGAUACGUGUUGGACACUUUAAGAGAGGAGGACGAUCUCAAGUUGGUUUGCAACGUGGAAAGUAACCCACCACCGAGCAGGGUCAUCUGGUACUUCAACGAUACUCGAUUGGAACACGACGUGGCUGGAGGUACGCUGAUAGCCACGAACACGUUAACUUUAAGGACACUGACUCUGGCCCAUGCGGGCGUCUAUUCGUGCGCUGCGAUCAAUUCUGUGGGCGAGGGUCACAGUCCACCGAUCUUCAUUCGUAUGAAGUAUGCACCAAGAUGCAAGGUGGGUUACGAGCGUCGCGAGAUCACAGCCGGUCGCCGUGAAACGGUGUCGUUACGCUGCGAGGUUGACGCGGUCCCAACGGACGCGGUGAGAUUCUCUUGGACGUACAACGGGACACGGGGCGACGUGUUGCCGAUGCCAAACUCGAGAGUACAGAAUAACGGGCUGGUUAGCGUUCUGGAGUACACCCCUUCCGCUGACACCGAUUUCGGUACUCUAGCUUGCUGGGCGAGCAACAGUGUCGGCAGACAAAGAACGCCCUGUGUAUUCAACAUCGUGCCAGGCAAGCCACCGCAACCGCCGCUCGACUGUUCCCUGCACAACGAGACCAGUUCGCUGGAAGUGAAUUGUGUCCCUGGCGCGGAUGGCGGUUCCCCGCAGUACUUUUUGCUGGAAGUUCGAGGCGUCCCGAAGAGCCCUGGCCUGGUUCAGGUGAAUUCACCGACCCUCCACGCACCCCAGAGCGAUCAGGGAACGGUCGGAGAGGUGCCGGCUAUAUAUCAGGAGAGGAAUCCGUCGCCUAAUUUUCAGCUACACGGCCUCGAACCCGGAUUCGAUUACACUUUGUACGUUUACGCGGUGAACGGACGCGGAAGAAGCGAACCGGCGUUGUUGGAACACGUCAGGGUCGUGGAACCGAUAGGCGGAAAGAUCGAAAGGAACGGUCUGUUUCUUGAAGACCUGAAGAAGGCGCUACCCUCGGCUACCUCGGAGAACAUGAUCAUCGUGAUCGCCUUAACAGGUACAGGUGCGGUUGCUUUGAUCCUGGUCGGUAUCGGAGUGAUCAUCGGGCUGGCUAUCUGCAGGAGAAGGACCAGCACUCCCGUCAAAGACGGUCCGGAUGAUUUCACAACCCCCAGCUACGUUUCAGCUCAAAGGAUCGAGCCAAGGAUCAGAUACUCUGGUGAUAGCAGACGUUCUCAAAGGGCGAGCCUGUACGUCGAGGAAAAUCGAAACGAGCCGGAUCUUCUACAGAGGGUAGAAAUCGACUUGCACGAAUAAGUUUCACCGCUACUUCGCUCUGUAAAUUUAGAAGUGAUACUUUUGAUAUUCGUCCUUUUGUACUAUACAUCGUGUAGAUAUUAAGCCGGGCAAAAAUCCGUAAUCCGGAUAAAAUAGACGUAAGACGUAGUUUGAUAAACUUUGAAAAAUAAGAACCUAUCGCAUCGCGAUGCGUACGAUCGUACACUAUUUCCAGAAUUCCUGUACCUGUACUUUACGAUCGUAUCUAAUUUUAAGUGUGUAUUAUAUAAAAGAUCGGAUAAACUAAACGACCUUCUGGUCGUUAUUUAUUACAUUCAGCGGCAUUUUCUACGCGAGCAAGUAACAAAUCAAGUAUUAUACAAAUAAAGCGUAGCUAAUUUAUCUUAACCCUUUUCUUGCGACAUUCAUUAAUCCGUAGCAAAAUUUUAUCAAAUCAUUUAUUCUUUAUUAUAAUACCUUACCAAUCGAUAGCUGUACGUACAAAAUGAACCAACCUAACGCAACGAAAAGGGUUAACCGAUGCUUUAGCUAAAACCUAUCGAUAGGUGUAACGAUAUUCGUAGAAAAUGUUGUACAGUUAUUUUUACAAUUGUAAACGUAAGUUUCGAUUUACUUCUGAUAAGAUUUUCGAGAAAUUGAAACGCUUAUACAACGUUGUAUAUAACAUAGAAAAUUAGCUGGUUGUAUUAUUAGUGAAAAGGCAUUGAAAUAAAAUGUUCA